GAAAGCGCGUAGCGAGCGAACGGCUGCGUUUGCACAUUAAAAAAAAAAACAAUUCUUUGUUCGGAAAAUUAAAAAAAACAGUAUUAUUAGUAAUAAUAAUUAAUUUUAAUUAUAAAAAAUUGUAGAAUAUUAAUUGAUUGCGUGUGUUAAUCAUAGUUUUUAAGUAGUUUUGUUUCGUGAGUUUGUUUUAUUGUUCCGAGUAAUCUGUGAAGUAUUUAGGUAUUUGUUCGAAAUUCAAAUAAAUUAAUUGAAUAUGGCUGGCUUGACCGAUAUAGCGUGAAGGUGAUAGGAUGUAACUUUUCAAGAUGGCUACCUCUGACGUCACAUUCCAAGAUGGCCUCAAGCAUCCCUACUUGUUGGCGCUCGUUCGUUGGUGCGUUACGUCUUUCUGGUCAACUGCCACUGUCAUCCUGCACAGGUUGAUUACAGCGCCGAUCCCACAAGUCAAAGCGCCUAAACAGACAAAAACUCGUCCAGCUAGCUACUCGCACCUGCACCCAGAGCCGCGGGUCGACUGUGAGGUUCUGCACACUCCUGAGGAACACACUCUUGACGUCAUCUUCGUACAUGGACUGUAUGGUUCCUUAGGUAACACAUGGCGACAGGGUGAAUGGCACACAAAAUAUGAUAAACAACCAAACAAAACACCCUUACGACGCCCGCAUUCAAUACCCACCUGCCAAUGUACAGAUGAACUAACAAAAUGCUGUAUUGAUAACGAAAUAAAUGUACAAAGUGAUGAUAGUGAUGAUACAAGUCAACCAAAUGAAAAUAAUGACGCUAAUUUUAAAACCCAAAGAUGUAGUGGUGAUAAAAAGAAUAAGUUACUUAAGAAAAAUGAAUUUAAUGAUGAAAGCUAUGUAACAAAUGAUAAAUAUACAAAAAGUGACACUUAUACUAGAAUUGAACAAUGCUGGGUAGAUAAAACUGAUGAAAUACAUGAAAUUAAUGAUGAAAUUGAUAGAAUCUGUGAAAUCAGGCAAAGAAACUUGAAAGAUGACACUGCUAUUCAAGAAACUUGCGGCAAUAUCGCAAAAAAUGAUAAAACUAGUGAAAAUAAUUUAAGAAAUAAUGAAUUCGUUCAUAGUAAAAAUGAAUUAUAUGACAAAAUUAAAGACUUGGAAGUUCGACUACCGUCUUCUAGUCGCCAAAAAUAUACAAGUGAUAUUACUAAUGCAGAUGAAGAAAUUAAUGACUCUAAAGCGAACACUAGUUUAUACGAUACUAUAAAAGAUACUAAUUUACAAAAAAAUUAUACCAGCCAUACAGACGAAGAUUUAAUAAACAGUGAAGUAAAUUCUAACCUAUACGAUAAUUUACAAAAGAUAUUACCCAAAGAAAAUUUACUUAUCACAGAAAAGUUUUACAACAACACACUUUUGGAUGACGUUGAUAUAGGAAGCUAUGAAACUCAGGCGCAAUUCGUUAAGGAUUUAUUUGAAAAUAGUGUGAAAGUGAAAAGUGAAACUGAAAGUGAAAGAGAAGUGAAAGCGAGUGAUUGCAAGUGUGAAGUGAAGUGCGAGCCAGGGUGUGGGUGUAUUUGUGAUGAUUGCUAUUCACCCUGCUGGCCUAAAGACUGGAUCAGGGUGGAUUAUCCUGGGGCUAGGGUGAUCUCUAUUAAUUAUACCAGCGACCCUUAUUUGUGGAGACCGCUGUGGGUUAAAGAAAGUAAAAGGCUGCGUCUACAUGAGCGAGCAGAGCAGAUGAUGUCACAGUUGUUAGAUUUAGGAGUGGGGGAAAGACCCAUAAUAUGGGUGGGGCAUUCCAAAGGAGGUCUCUUUAUUAAGAAGAUGUAUUGCGAGGCAUACGAAGCCCAUCUUAAACUUACAAAGCAAAAUAACACCAAAGGAGAUACAAGCGAACCAGCAAACGAACAAAACACAACUGAAAGCAGAAAUGAUAACGAAAUAAAUCAUUGUAGAGACAAACAGACAGACAAUAUCUAUGUGAAUGUAAAUACUGAUGAGGAUUUAAAUGAGACACAUGAAAUUACUGAUCGAAUAAAUGAAGUAAAUGAACCAGUUAAUACAGAUAUCGAGAAAAGACGAGACGAAAUCAAUAUAAAUGUACCCAGUGAUGUGAAUUUAAAUGAAAUUAAUGGUGGUAUAAAUGAUAUAGAUAUUAAAGAUAUAGGAAAGCAGUAUUUUGAUAAAGAGGUAGACCACAUAGUGGUAAAUACUGAUGUUAAUUUAAAUGAAUCAAAUGAAAUUAAUGAUCGGAUAAAUGAAGUAAACGAAUCGGUAAAUAAUCAAACAGACCAAGCUGAUGGUAACGAAUAUUCUGAUGUUAAUUUAAAUGAAUUAAACGAUGAAAUAAAUGAAACUGUAGAUAGUAAUGAUGUAAAUUUAAAUGAAUUUGAUAGUAAUUUUAACGAUAUAUUUACUAGAGAUGUAGACAAUAAACAAGUUAUUGUAAAUAGUGACAGUUUUGAUGGUAUUUUAAUGAAUAAUAGAACAGAAAAUGGAAAAGAGUUUGUUUUGGAUGAUAGUGAGAAUUGUGAUAAAAAUGGAAACAUUCCCAACUUAGUAACUGUUGAUGAUGAAGAAGAAAAGGAAUCGCUUUUGAAUAUAAACGAAGCGCAACUGUUAAAGCGUGCGCGCCUGUGGCGCAAAAGUGCGGGGUUCAUGUUCUACUCGGUGCCGCAUAGGGGGUCGCCUCUCGCCGAUAUUAAGACCCCCAUCACCGCAAGGAGUAUCGAACUUAUGGAGAUAUGUAAAGAUUGCCCGCUGGUGUUGUCUCUACAAGACAGCUGGUCGGUGGCCACGGCGUCCACUCAGCCACCUGUCAGAAGCCUGGUGGAGACUUGCCGCACCCUGAUGUCCGUUCUUUAUCUACGCAUCGUCAGCGUGGACUCCGCAGAUCCUGGGAUAGGGUCCCUGAACGGCGUGGACGUGGACCACCGGGAGAUCUGCAAACCAUCCAGCAGGAAGUGUCUGCUGUACCAGGAGCUCAUGACUCUGAUGGAGACGGCCUUGAACAGACAGUGAGGACGGACAGACGACGAGAAAAUUGUAUUAAUCUGGACGAAAUUGACAGGAACUAACGAAGUAUGACACUCAUCUAGUGAAGAUGAAAAAAUUGACAAAACCUUUGAUCAAAGUAACUAGAUAGAAUAAAAUCACAAACAUUUUAGUGAAACUAACAAAUGAAAAAUGUGAUAAAAAGUAUAAUAAAAUGUAGAAUAGAGACAACGCUAUGAAAUCGUUACAAAAAAACCGGCCAAAUGCGAGUCGGACGCGCGCACCGAGGGUUCCGUACUCGGGUAUAUAUUUGGACAUUUUACACGAUAAAUCAAAAAC